CGCCGCUCUCAGUCCGCAGCCAGACGCUCAAUUGCGUGGCCACGACGACGACGACGGCGACACGGCCGCGCGGAAAGAGGGAUUCCCGGACGAUCGGCGCCUUCUGGUCUUCCCGCGAAAAAUCAUUAAAAAAAUAGAAUAAACUGAAACACCCACGCGCAGUACGUGGCACGCACGUCCAGCGGAAGCAGAAUGUCGUGACACAUACUGGAGCGACUUAUUAUUUUCUUUGCUUUUUUUUUUCUUUUUCUGAAAGCAAUAUAAAUUCCUGUGAAUGAGGCAGCCUCCAAAUGACGUCGAGAUGGCUUUAGGGGGGACGCUGCUGCCAUCCAUAUCCACCUUUACCAGCCCUGCUACCAAGACCAAAGCCAUAGCGAGUGCCAACCUGAGAUGGAAGGAGGAGCUGUCCCAUCUUAAGAGACUCAGCGUGCCAACCGGGAGCUCCGAGCCAGACCAUCCCAGCACCACCAGCACAACAAGCCCCAGCAUGUCCAAGAAAGACGCUGAGCCAGACCUGGACUUAGACUAUGACUUCAUUCUGUCCAAUUCCAUGCUCCAGCAGCAGCAGCAGCAACAGCAGGACGAGGCCAUGGUGUGUGGGUCUGCCCAAGCCCUGCAGCCCCCAUCGCCAGGCUCCUUCCCCUCCUCGUACCCAUUACCGUCCCCUCAGGGCUCAGCCGGCGAGUUGCUCUACACCAUCCCGGACAUUAGCGACGUCUCCCCGUCGGGAGGUUUUGUGGCGGAGCUCAUGAGACCCGAACUGGACCCGGCGUACCUUCACCCCACUAGUCUCCAUGGCAAGUUUGUGGUCAAGACCACAGUGGACCUGGGGGAGUACAGCCUGGGGGUCAACGUCAGCAAAGCCUGCGUUAAUCCAGCGGCAGAUCCGCCCCCUGCCCGCACCUCGCCGCCCUUUACGUGCCACCGGAUAAAGCAGGAGACACCCAGUAACUGUACCGUCACGCAGCCCAUGGACCUCCACCUAAGCGGGGGGAGGCAGAGACCAGGCCAGCUGGACCUGCACGGCUUCCCCGGAAGCACGGGGCGGUCCAUGACGGGCGGCCGCUUAUCCUCAUCCUCGUCCCUCUCACCGGAACACCCUCUGAGCCGCGAACACCAGGUGUUGGGCCACCCUCACGCGCAGAUUCCUCUACCUCCCCACGGAUACCACCACAGCUCCCCGCAGGGAUACUCCGCCUACCCUCAAGCGACCGCCAUGCAGCAAUACCAAGACCCCCUCAUGGUCUCCAGCGGCGACUGCAUGCCGGAAGAACCCAAGCCCAAGCGGGGGCGCCGCUCCUGGCCCAGGAAACGAGUGGCCACGCAUACGUGUGACUACGUCGGCUGUGGGAAGACCUAUACCAAGAGCUCGCACCUCAAAGCGCACCACCGCACACAUACAGGAGAGAAGCCUUACCACUGCGACUGGGAGGGCUGCGGGUGGAAGUUUGCCCGUUCCGAUGAGCUGACGCGCCACUACAGGAAGCACACAGGCCACCGACCCUUCCAAUGCCAGAAAUGUGACAGGGCCUUCUCCAGGUCGGACCACCUGGCCCUACACAUGAAGAGACACUUGUGAGGACCGGAUGACGACGACCAAGGACGGCUGCAGAACUAAUUCAGCAGGACUUGCCUUGGGAUACGCCAACAAGACGCGCUGUGGUGUUCAUGGCUUAAAGAGCGACUGUCAAGACGAGACCUGUCUGGGUUGUACAAGGGAGCAAAACUGGAAGUCCUUUUAUUUAUGUGACAAAAACCUGAGGACCACGUGCCAGAGACUCUUGGAACUGGAAUUUGGUUCUUCUUGACGUGGAAAAACCAGCAUUAAGAGAAAACAUCUCCAGAGGCCUUCUACCUGCAGCGACACAUCCAACACUGUAUGGAAGCAUAUCAUAUAUAUUUAUAUAUAGUCACAUUUCACCUGCCACUCCAUUGACCUCAGCUACAAUGGUCGACCAUUUAUACCCAAUGGUGCUCAAAGCGCUUCCAAAAAAAAGGUACCAAAGAUGGACAAAAACAGGAAGUAGUGACAAAGUGCCAUGAGAUUCCAAAAAUAAUCAGGUUAUGACUUUCACUUUCCAGCGGUGAUGGCAAUCUUGAGAUGCACUGCGGUUGCAGAGUGCAAUAAUUUAUAUGGAAAAACGUUCAUAUUUUUCUAAUGAAAUGAGUGACUCUGAACAAAAAAAAAGUUGUGUUUUUGUGUUCAAGCCAAAUAAUGUAAUAUAAUCCUGAUCCUUGUACAUUUGUAGAUAAGAAUCCUUUGUUAUUAUGGUUUUGUAUUUUACAGUACAAUAAAAUGUAUUUCAGAUAAUGGAACAGUGGUCCCUUGUGUUGGUCUGCCAUAUUGAGGAUGCCCACCGGGGUACGUUGUCGCCAUUUAAGCCACUUUUAAAUACUGUAGGAUAUACUGGCACGCCCUGUCUGACUUAAGGAUCAA